AUGAAUCUAGAUCUGUCUUCUGUGUUUAAGAUGAUCGGGCGUGGAACAUUUUUCGCUCUGACAGUCACCCAAGGUCUCCUGCUUGCCUCUUAUCCAGCAAAAUACACAGAAAAUGAUUAUUGGUAUGGCAUAGCGCUUACUUUGUACUGUCCAUCGAUGAUCCUGUGGCUCUGUCUUGUGUUACCCAAGCCAUCUAGACUGGAGGCAAACCUAAGUUGGUCAUUUGGUGUAUGGGGUUUGUAUAUUUUCCCGGGAUUGAUUCCAAGUAUUGUCAUCGUCUUUGGAGGUGCAGGAUACCUCCAAUCGUUCAACACGACUGCAAAUGCCACUCAUUGUGAUGCUCUUCUAUGAGUUUCUAACGAAACAGCAAAUUUAACGCUGUGUGAUGAUCUUUUAAGAGCUGCUAACGAUCUCUGUGACCCUCUAAGAGCGCCAGUCUUUACCGGAAACAACGACGGGGCCAAAACACUUGGUCCAACGCUUCUAAAGGCAACACUUUGUGUAACACCACUUCUGUUGCUAUUGCUGCUGAACACUGCAAGCGACGCAAACGAGUCCGACGAGAACAAGGACGAUGUUUAUAAGUUGUGUGUGCAGUUGGCGGUGGAUCUCUUAGAUGCAGUCGAAAUGAUAGACAUCGUUCUGGACGAGAAAGAGCACAACUAUGGAAUCUCCCAAGGAUUUGGCAUAGCAAUGAUUACUGUUGCCUGCAUAAGUUUUUUACUAUCGCUCUGGCCAAUGAUAGAAACUAAACUGCAAAGUAGGAAAAAAACUAUCUCAGCAAUAAGUCGCAACGCUAUUGAAAUAGGUCUGGUAAAUGGACCCUUCUUAGUUAUUCGCUUGGUGAUAGUAUUCAGUUAUGGAAAAGACGAAUCCAUCUUUGUCGCCAAAAACGUCAUAGCGAUCAUACUUUCUGUUCUUGAAAUUCGUGAUGAACUUGCUUAA